UCUCUCUCAUUCUCAGCAGGUGUUUUCUCUCCUUGGGGUCGCUUUGUCGUUUUCUCGAGAGUAUUUGGCGACUCCUCUCUGUGUUAAUUGAUGGAAUGAUUGAGGGGUAUUAAAAACAAAAGAACUUUUGAAUGUGGUAGUAAUCGGCUAUAUAUAGUUUACGUUCUUCUUUGUCUUAAAACUCUUGUCAUAAUUUGCAAUAUGGUCCUUUAUAUUCUCUUGAUCUCUUAGUUAACCCCUAAUAGUUUUUAUCUUUCUCGAUUCUGUUUCUUUAUGUGAUAUGAAGACCAGAAGAUUCGAUUUUUGCGUCAUCAGUGGGUUUUCCUUUGUUGUUUAGAGCUAAUUGAUCUGUUUACACCAUUUUUAGGCUUGUAGUUAUUUAGAAAAUCCACCAUAAUGAUCUAGAUUAGCUGAUAACAGAAAUUCGAAAUAAAUGAGUUACAGGCCAAUGCCAAUAGUUGUUCCAACCUAUCAAAUUGCUUAAUAUGGUUUCUCGAGUUUAUUUACAACACUGUUGAAAGUGUUGAAAGUAGACGAGUUAGAACAAUUAGUUGAUAUAUUGCACACAUUUCAAGUGAACAAAUAAAUAUACAUGCUCUUUUCAUAUCAAAAUUUUAGCUGUGCGAAAUGUGUUUUUUGUCAACAACAUAAAAGAUAGCCAGUUCAAAAAAACAACAACAUAAAAGAUAACAACUUGGAUAAUUGCCGUUAAAAAUGUUUUUAACAUAUAACUAUAAAUAAAAUUUUGUCUAUGGUUAGAAAUAGUAAUUAUUAACAAAGUUUAUAUAGAGUUAUAGUUACUAGUUUAAUAGAUAGGAGGUAUUUUAAAAAAUAUGUUUGGAAAAAAGUAUAAAACAAAAGAAUCUUGAAAUAGCUACAAGACUACAACUGAUUAACCAUGCCAGUAUCUAAAUUUAAAUACACAAUAUUGAAUAAUUUAGUUUUCAGUUUAGGUUUAGUUUGAGGCAUUAAAUUUGUUGGUUUUACAAAAUCCAAAUGCAUAAAAAUAAAAUUCAGUAUGGUCUGAAAAUUCAUUUAUCUAAGAAGUCCUAAGUUGCUCAUUUCCAUGUCUUUCGUUAAUGUAAUAGAUUUUGUUAAUUCUUUUAGAUUGGCUUUAAAAAAAUUUGAGAUUCUAAUCAGUAGUUUUUUUUUAAUGAAAUAAUUUUAAAUUUAUUCACUUAACAAAAAAUUAUACAACCUAAUGCUUCUUUGUACAGAAAUAAAAAACCUAUUCAAAAUUUUAUGAUGAAAAAAUCAUCUACUUCCAAACCAUAUCUUUAUGGCCUUCUCAUGUUUAUUUCCAGCUAUUUUUCUCAGUGAUGAAAUCCUAUUUCGAAUAAGUUUAUCCGAACUGAUGAUUGAGGAGCUUCUCCCAAGUCAGUAGUUUUACUUGCUACUGAAGUGAGUAUUAUAUACUACCAGUAUAAAUAUUUCUACAUAAAGGUGAAUCUGGCUAAAAUUAGUUUGUGUAAAGUCUAAAUUCCUGUAAGUUCGAUGUAACAUAUAUAAAUUCAUUAAUUAUGUAAUUUUAGUGUUUUGUUUAUAAUUAGUUUCAGUUUCAAAGGUUAAAUGUAUGUUAUCUAUGGGAUAAAUGAUAUUAUGGUUUGAUUUUAAUUAUGGGUUUAUUAGUUGGUUCAGUUCAAACUUCAAAGUGCUAAAUCUUAAAGCCCACCUAGUAUUGUGUGGUACAGUUGUACAUACUAUUAUGGAAAACAAAUAAAAAAGAGAGAAAAAUACAAAUAAAUGGUCAAAGGCACGCGUCGUCGUGUAAUGUCUUUAUAACUGUUUCUUCUUCCAACAUAUAGCUCUCUUACAAUCGCCUUUCUCUUACAAUCGCCUUCACUUUCUCCGCAAAGAAAAGCCUUCUUCUUCUCUUCCUUUUCUUUCUCCAAUGUGGUCUUAUUAAUGCCUUUGAUCUUCUCCUCUAUCUCUUCAUUUUACAUUUUACAUUGUUCUCUUCGCCAUGCCUUUGCCUUGGAACAAAUCGAAAUCGAAAUCGAAAUCGGGUCGGAUCUCCAGAUUCGUAUCGGACCUCCGACAAUCUCCGAAACGCGGCGGAUCUCUCGUUGUCGAGACUGGAUUCCCAACCUCUCUUAUCGAUCUCUUCGUUAAGAAUCGCGAUCGUCUCAACAAAUCUUCUUCUAAACGUAACAACAACAACAACAACAGCAACAAAGCUCAGACACAAACCGUUCCGACACGACGGCUCGUUUCUUCUCCGCCUCCUCCUUCUCUGCCUCAGAAGCUCGAUCCACCGUCGGAGGAUCUCGCCGCGAGUAAGAUCGAGGAAUGUUUAGUCGCUGCGGAGAAUAGAGACGACAGUGGCAACGACCACGACAGCGGUAAUCGCCGCGGCGGAGGAUGUGUUUUGAUGGUGGUUGCGGUUAAGAUUUUCAUGGUGGCUGUGCUCGCCUUGAGCACGAAGAAGCUAGCAGCGGGGAUCACUCUCUCCGCCUUCUCCCUCCUCUUCCUCGAGCGUGUGUUCACACUCUUAAAUCUCUGCCCCGACGCGCAGGUUCGGCUCGGUACGCUGAUUGGGAAGCUCAUAGGUAGGAAGCGUAUAGAGAAGCUAGAAGAGUCGUCAUCCUCACAGAGAGACAAGGUCUCUUUUGAAAUCAUCGAAAGCGUUGAAGAAUCGAGAGAUUGCGUUGAGGAGAGAGAGGUGCAGAUGAUCAGAGACGUGGUGGUGUUGACGAAAGAGAAGAGUAAAAGCGCGAAGCUGAGAUCAAAGAUUGCGAAGAAGAUUGUGCCGAAGAAGUUGAGGAGUUACAAGAAGAAUAGGAAGAUGAAGCUCAAAGAAAAAGAACAAGCGGUAGAGGUAGUAGAAGAAGAAGAGUCGUUGACUGAAGUGUCGAGUUUGUACUCCGAGGAUAGAGUGGAGAGCAAAGUAUCUGAGGGAGAUGAGAUUGGUUCGAAUCCGCCAUUGUUGGAGAGCUGUGAAGAGAUUGAAGAAGAAGAAGAAGAAGAAGAAUCAAAGGGGGAUCUAACGAAAGCGAUUGUGUUGAUGAUAGUGAUUGCUCUUGCUGGAUUAUUAAGCGGCAAAGUCGUAGCUAUUGGUCUGACACUCUCUUCGUGUCUGAUUCUGAGAUUGGUCUGCUGCAAAUCUCAAACUAGUCUCUGAACACCAAAAAAGACUCGGUCUUUGAGAUAUUUUGUUUUCUUCUGUUUCCGUGGCAGUGGUGGGGCCCACGGAUCAACGGGUUGCGGUGCUGAAAGGGAGUGUUGUUGGGUUGUUGGCAGUUCGAAGCUACAAUUGUUUGCUUAUGAAACUGUAAAUUAAAAAACAAAAUCAUAUGAACAGAGGAAAUUGUUAGUAUUAUAUAAUGGUCAAAGAGUCGAUAAGUUGUUGUUUACUGUGAAGGAAAACAAGUUAAUAGUAUAUUUUGAAAAUUAAUUGUUAAUAGUGAAA